AUGAUUCAGACAAGUAAAUCUAAAAUUAAUCAAGAUGAAAUUAAAAUUAAUGAAGUGGGCAAGACAUUUUUUGAAAUCCAAUUUGAUGCUAAAGAAAAAAUUAUUACUAGGUUAAAUUAUGAGAUCAAAGGUUUUAAUAAUAAAAAAGAGAAAUUUAAAGGUAAACUCAAUCGCUUAAAUAACAAGUUAAAAAAUGAUUACGAAUAUUUAAAGGAGAUUUUGRACGAGAAAAUUAAUUUUGAAAAGCUAUUAAAGGCGGAAACUGCUCAGCUAAAACAAGAAUUCGAUUUUAUGGAAGAAAAAGGUAUAUGUAAAUUAAAAGAACAACAUGAUGAAUUCAUUAGAGAAGCGGGAAAAUUUAAAUCGAUUACUGCUAUAUACGUGGGAAGAUUAAAUAAAUUGCAUGAAUUUUCUAACCAAGCAAAAGUACUCGAACAGAAAUACACAAAUAUUAAAGAGCAAAAUGUAAUCGCGGAUAAAAAAUAUAAGGUUGCAUUGAAAAAUCUGGAGGAAAAUAAAUUUAAAAAUGAACAAAUUGAGAAAAGAAAUAUGUUAAAACGAUGUGUAGAUUUCUCGGUACAUAUGAAAAAACAAUCAUUGACGGUUGAAUGUCCAGUCGAAGGGGCGAGUACAAAAGAAGUUCUUGAUCUUAAAGAAAUGUUGGACAUAGGCAAUAAACAGAACGCGAAUCACGAACAAAAAUACAUGGAUUUGAAGGAAGAAAAUAAGGUGCUUAAUGAAGUACUCAAAGAAUUAUCUAAAUCGAACCGAGAAAUCAUCAAACGAAAAAAUAUUGAUGAUUAUUCUAAAGAAAAAAUCGCAUAA